AUGGCGCUGCGUUUGUUGACCUUGAAGAUUUUGGGAAUCAGAACGGCCCAAAUGGCCGAGAUCAGCCCCGAAGAAGAAUACAAACGUCAGAAGAUUCAGGACCGGUCCAAUAGAUACAGUGGUGUAAGUGUUUGCUCUUUUUUGUUUUCUGGAUUUUUAGGCAUCGUGGAUAAUAUAUCGAUUGUAGGUGCCGUCUAUUCCUGCGGAUAUCGGGUUUGGUGCCUCUAAAUCAACUGGAGGCGAAGCUCAGAAGGGUGGAAUUGUCUCACAUGUUGCCGGGAAUCCCUUCGUCAUUGCUGGGAUGGGGUUGACUUGUGUCGCUUUGCUAGGAAUGAUGAGAAGAUCUUUCCUGGGAGAUCGAUUAGGCGCUCAAAAGUACAUGCAGUAAGUGUGAACACGAUCGCUAACCCGUCUGAAUUUUUAUGAGUAUUUACUAACCCAAUUAACUUUCAGGUAUCGUAUUAUGGCCCAAUUUUUCACCGUCACUGCUUUAGUUGCCGGAGUCGCUGUCUUCGGGAUGACCUACGAACCCACCAACAAGAAAAUCUAG